GCCUCCUAGGAGCACAGCUGCCUCUGGCUGCACGGUCAAGAGCACUGUCAAGAGGGCCACACCCCCUGCCCAGCAGCGGAGUCACCACCAUCAGAAGCAGCAGCAGCAGCAGCAGCAGCAGCAGCAGCAGCAGCAGGACAAACCACCAUUCACAAGGCACCUUGAGACCUUCAGGAUGCAGAUGUCUCCGGUCUUUGCCUGCCUAGGCCUGGGCCUGGCCCUCAUCUUUGGUGAGGGUUCCGCCUCCCACCACCGCCAGUCUCAGGCAGCUCACCUGGCCACAGACUUUGGAGUGAAGGUGUUCCGGCAGUUGGCACAGUCCUCCAAGGAUCGCAAUGUGGCUUUCUCCCCCUACGGGGUGGCGUCUGUGAUGGCCAUGCUGCAGCUGACCACAGCGGGAGAGACCCGGCGGCAGAUCCAAGCAGCGAUGGGAUUCAAGACAGAUGAGAAAGGCAUGGCGCCUGCCCUCCGGCGACUGCACAAGGAACUCUUGGGGCCAUGGAACAAGGAUGAGAUCAGCACUGCCAAUGCCAUCUUCGUCCAGCGGGAUCUGAAGCUGGUUCCAGGCUUCAUGUCCCGCUUCUUCAGGCUGUUCCAGACCACGGUCAAGCAGGUGGACUUCUCAGAGGUGGAGAGAGCCAGGUUCAUCGUCAAUGACUGGGUGAAGAAACACACAAAAGGCAUGAUCACCGACUUACUUGGAGAAGGGACUGUGGACCAGCUGACGCAUCUGGUGCUAGUAAAUGCCCUCUACUUCAAUGGCCAAUGGAAGACACCCUUCCCCAAGUCGGCCACCCAUGACCGCCUCUUCUACAAGCCUGACGGCAGCACCAUCCCUGUGCCCAUGAUGGCUCAGACCAACAAGUUUAACUACACUGAGUUCACCACCCCCGACGGCCAUUACUAUGACAUCCUGGAGCUGCCCUACCACGGGGACACCAUCAGCAUGUUCAUCGCGGCUCCCUAUGAGAAAGAGGUGCCUCUCUCUGCCCUCACCAACAUCCUGGAUGCCCAGCUUAUCAGCCACUGGAAAGGGAAUAUGACCAGACUCCCACGCCUCCUGGUUCUGCCCAAGUUCUCCUUGAAGAGUGAAAUUGACCUCAGGGGCCCCCUGGAGAACUUGGGGAUGACUGACAUGUUUAAUGUAAACCAGGCGGACUUCACAAGUCUGUCAGAUCAACAGCAGCUCUACUUAUCACAGGCAUUGCAGAAAGUGAAGAUCAAGGUGAACGAGAGCGGCACAGUGGCAUCCUCCUCCACAGCUGUCAUAGUCUCAGCCAGAAUGGCCCCCGAGGAGAUCAUCAUGGACAGACCCUUCCUGUUUGUGGUGCGGCAUAACCCCACAGGAACAGUCCUUUUCAUGGGCCAAGUGAUGGAACCCUGACGGCAGAAACAAAGCAGGACUCAUCUGGGACAGAACUGGAAAAGGAUCAGAGAAGAAACUCUGGAGAGAAGAAUUCUGAAUUUUGAUGAAACUUUCUGGAGAAAGAAAAGACAUUUGCCUUUUUUUCUUAUUGGUAAAUCUUUCAAAUCUGUCUGCUAGACCUCAGCCUCUCAGGAGAGUGGGAAGGAGAACCUUAGAGUCAAAUCCUGAGGGGCGACUCAGGGUGAGAUCUCCAACGCACAGCUCCCUGAGGGCACCAAACCAGAC